CAUGGCGCUGGCCUCGCUCCAGUUGUCGUCGGUGCCCUGUGCCAGCGUCCCUACCAUCCCCACCAUCACCCUUGUCACCUAUCCUCUCACCCAAAUCACCCCCCACUGAGCCCCAGCCGGGCCAAGUCAGAGCUAGCAUCCGCCAUGCUGUCAGGAAGCUGGCGUCGCUCCAUGGUAGCCUCACCCGCCAUGCCCUCUGCCUCCACCAGGGGGAGAACUACCAGUGUGGACAGUGUGUCCAGUAGGGAGAGCAGUGGCAGUGUGAGCAGCGGUGUGAGCGUGUCCGUGGGGUGUGGUGUCCCCAGGGGCACGGUGGUGCUGGAAUCGCAGUAUGACUAUCAGUACCGCGGGGCAGACGGACGACAUGUCUGCAUCCGAGAGGGGGAGCGCUUUAUUCUGCUGAGGAAGACUAACACUGACUGGUGGCAGGUAAGGAGGUCCUGACUGUGUGGCUCAGUUGGCAUAGACUAUGAUGCUAGUGUGACCGGUGCGAUUUGAAACCCGCGUGUCCCACGUGGUAACACAACCUCUUAACCAAGAACAAAAUCCAUGUGGUCAGAGGAAUUUGUGUUUCCCAAACUUUGUGUAGGCAGGCUUUUUUUUUUUUUUUUUUUGGAACUAAGUCCGGCUUCCAACUUACUCUCGAAAGUUGUAAUAGUAGAAUGCACAUGGUGCAAUUUCGAAAUUGGGUUGUGGAUCAUCAGUUUUCCUCUUGUCAUGUCGGUCAUUGCAUACCUUAGAGAGCUAUUUAUAACUUGUCAUAAAUUUCCAGAUCAACUAGCCCAUAUCAGAUAAAAAAAAAUUUAGCUAGGGAUUUUAGGCCAUAGAUUUUGUAGUAAUGUUUGUGUCACUCAAAUAUGACAUGAAUACACAUUAGACAUGGCAAAAUGUGUAGAAUUGCAGGAAAUAAGCUUUAAACCUACAAAAUGUUCUCUCAAGAGGGGUGUGAACAGCGUGGGAUGUUCCCCAAAUGCUGGAAGGGGGGCUGAGUGAAUGUUUUUAUAUCUAGCCUAUGCAUUCACUGUACUGUACUGUUACUUUGGCUAAAACUGCUUGUACCUCUCAAUGGCAUGAAUAAUUUAUUUUUCUAUGUAUUAUUUAUUACCAGAUGUAUAAUUUCUUAUUAUAACAAGGUGUGUCAUUUCUUAUUAUUACCAGGAGAAUCAUUUCUUAUUAUUACCAGGAGAAUCAUUUCUUAUUAUUACCAGGAGUAUCAUUUCUUAUUAUUACCAGGAGUAUCAUUUCUUAUUAUUACCAGGAGUAUCAUUUCUUAUUAUUACCAGGUGUGUCAUUUCUUAUUAUUACCAGGUGCGGAGGAUCGGGGCAGCCAGUAAAGCCAAGCCCCUGUAUGUCCCGGCUACGUACGUAGUGGAGGUACCCAUCGCUCCUCUGUCAUCAGUAGCACAACAACAAAAUGCCAACAACAGCAUGUGUAACCAUGCCAACAUGAGACUGCAGCUACAGUCAUCUCUCUCUCUCUGCUCUAACAACCAGUACUCAGGUACGUUAGUGUGAGGGGGAGGGGGUGGGGUAUCCCAUGCGUGUGUGGCCCAUGGUCAAUUGAUCUCCAUGGUCCCUUUGGUAAUACAAAACAUGUAAUUGGUGUGUAAAAACACAAAGAGAUCUUUUCUCACUCUCCUCCUCCUCCUCUCUUCCUCCUCCACAGUGCCCAAAACCUUCUGUCGGUCAAUGGAGGACCUCAACUCUCACAGUGCCUUUAGGGGAGUCAACAGCCACAGCCCUACCCCCAGUCUGGGAGGAGGGGGUGUCCCCACCAUGCCCCUCCCUGCCCUCCCCUCCUACACCGCCACCUCCUCCCCAGGACACUUGCUGGUCCCUGGGGGCCCCCAGACCUCCAUGGGCCCCUCGGCCCCCAUCCCCCGUAGUAAGAUUUGAUUUGAUUUGAUUUAUUUUAUACAUUCUUUUUUAUUUCCUUUUAGUCAUUUAGCUGACGUUCUUCUGCAGAGUGACUUACAGUCGGUGCAUUAAACUACGUUUAGUAGGGAAUAGCAACCACAUAUUACAGUCAGUGCUACAAGACCCUUCUUCAAAAUAGCCGCUACUUAGUACAUAGAAGGCUGCAGCAGCCGGAGACAACAGGACAAUUAAACAAUAAUCGAUUGUGGUCCUCCAGCUAAGAGCUUCAGCAACCUGCCCCAGAACCCUUACGAGGAGAUCGAGGUGGGGGAGAUGGGGGUCGGGAUGGGACUGAGUGGACGGCGCACACCCAUCGGGGGUGUUGCCAGGUCCCUUAGCCAGUGGGACGUGGCCGAGGCCACCCGCAGAAACAGCCAUCUGCAGGUAAGAGUGGGCCAAGAGGGCCAACACACAAACACACAGGACAGGACACACACACAGACAGGACACAAACACACAGGACAGGACACACACACACACACACACAGGACACACAUAGAGACAGGACUCACACAGACAUACACAGGACACACACACAGACAGGACACACACACAGGACAGGACACACACACACAGACAGGACACCCACAGAGAGAGAGACACAUAAACAUACACACACACACAGGACACACACAGAGACAGGACACACACAGACAUACACAGGACAGGACAGGACAGGGGCGAGAGCUAUGCUACUGUAAUUAAGAUAGUUUGGAACAAGACCAGGGAUAUAGUGCUGCCGCACCCUCACCUUUUUCCAAUUUGAGAAGACACGGAGCUGGUAAAAAUAUUUCUGGAAAAUUAUUUCUGAAGCUGAGAUCACAUAAUGAUGAAUGAGUAUUUUACAUAACAGAACCGAAUAUAAUAGCAUAGCAUAGUAGGCCUAUAACAUGACUGUUACACCAAAAACACCUAAUUUCUAGUGAGAUUUUAGGAUGGUUAGCCGAAGCUGAAUAGUCACAUUUCUUUUCUCAUGUGCCAAAAGUCAAUAGGCAGGAUAUAUGCUUUGAUUGAGACAAAAUACAAGAAAGGCUAAUAGUUUGUUAACACUAUCUUCUCUAAUUCGCUCACCAAACCGUAAUUCCAGAAGAUCUAAAUGCAUAUUCCCAUGACACUAAUUGAGAUCAAUCAAACGAUUGGCGUGGAGAUGCAGUUUUGUCAUUUCACUGGUAAAAUGUGAAGAAUUAUCAUUCACGAUUGACAGUGAUAUUGGCCUAUUUUGAAGUUAGAGAUGCCUAACUUGGUGAUUGGGGGUAUUAAACAUUAGAGACAAUAUGUUGUGGGCACAGGCAGACGUUGCAAUUGGAGGAUGCAUUUUAUGCAUAUUCAUAUUCUAGAAUGAUAUUUAAUAGGCUACAUCUGUCAUAUUCUAGAAUUAUAUUUAAUAGGCUACAUCUGUCAUAUUCUAGAAUGAUAUUCAAUAGGCUGCAUCUGUCAUAUUCUAGAAUGAUAUUCAAUAGGCUGCAUCUGUCAUAUUCUAGAAUGAUAUUCAAUAGGCUACAUCUGUCAUAUUCUAGAAUGAUAUUCAAUAGGCUACAUCUGUCAUAUUCUAGAAUGAUAUUAAAUAGGCUACAUCUGUCAUAUUCUAGAAUGAUAUUCAAUAGGCUACAUCUGUCAUAUUCUAGAAUGAUAUUCAAUAGGCUGCAUCUGUCAUAUUCUAGAAUGAUAUUCAAUAGGCUGCAUCUGUCAUAUUCUAGAAUGAUAUUCAAUAGGCUACAUCUGUCAUAUUCUAGAAUGAUAUUCAAUAGGCUGCAUCUGUCAUAUUCUAGAAUGAAAUUCAAUAGGCUGCAUCUGUCAUAUUCUAGAAUGAUAUUCAAUAGGCUACAUCUGUCAUAUUCUAGAAUGAUAUUCAAUAGGCUGCAUCUGUCAUAUUCUAGAAUGAUAUUCAAUAGGCUACAUCUGUCAUAUUCUAGAAUGAUAUUCAAUAGGCUGCAUCUGUCGGUACACAUUUCUAUUGAGAAAUUAUGUCAUUUUAAAAAACAGUUGCGCUCCCGCACCUAAAAAAAUGUGCACUACACCACUGAAGAAGACACACUCAGACAGGACAAGGGAUAGACUAGUGGGAACUUCGAUAGCGUAUGUGCUGUAGCCAACUCUUCUAUCGCUGUCAUGCAUGGAAUAAUGAUCAGACGAUAUAAUAACAACUAUCCCUAAUCUCUCAUGAUAGACUGUUUAUGACUCCCAAGUGGCGCAGUGGUCUAAGGCACUGCAUCGCAGUGCUAGCUGUGCCACUAGAGAUCCUGGUUCGAAUCCAGGCUCUGUUGUAGCCGGCCGCGACCGGGAGACCCAUGGGGCGGCGCACAAUUGGCCCAGCGUCGUCCAGGGUAGGGGAGGGAAUGGCCGGCAGGGAUGUAGCUCAGUUGGUAGAGCAUGGCAUUUGCAACGCCAGGGUUGUGGGUUCGAUUCCCACGGGGGGCCAGUAUGAAAAAUAAAAAAAGAAUGUAUGCACUCACUAACUGUAAGUCGCUCUGGAUAAGAGCAUCUGCUAAAUGACUAAAAUGUAAAAAUGUAAAUGUAUGACAUUACAUCGAGUAGCUGGCCAGCACGCACGUGAGAUUAGGUAAAACACCAAGAUUAUCCCUCAUCGGGUACAGAUGAUGAAGGUUGUCGUGAAACAAACAUGUUGGUUUGUGAUAGAAAAUAAACAAUUUGGCUUUUCGUUAGAGCCAAGUAUCCGUUCACUGGAAAACCAGAAUCAGCCACUGCCAAGUUAGAUAAGAGAGCAGAGGUUCCAAAAGCCACUGUCUGUGAGUCAACAUGAUCCAAAAGCCACUGUCUGUGAGUCAACAUGAUCCAAAAGCCACUGUCUGUGAGUCAACAUGAUCCAAAAGCCACUGUCUGUGAGUCAACAUGAUCCAAAAGCCACUGUCUGUGAGUCAACAUGAUCCAAAAGCCACUGUCUGUGAGUCAACAUGAUCCAAAAGCCACUGUCUGUGAGUCAACAUGAUCCAAAAGCCACUGUCUGUGAGUCAACAUGAUCCAAAAGCCACUGUCUGUGAGUCAACAUGAUCCAAAAGCCACUGUCUGUGAGUCAACAUGAUCCCAAAAGCCACUGUCUGUGAGUCAACAUGAUCCAAAAGCCACUGUCUGUGAGUCAACAUGAUCCAAAAGCCACUGUCUGUGAGUCAACAUGAUCCAAAAAGCCACUGUCUGUGAGUCAACAUGAUCCAAAAGCCACUGUCUGUGAGUAACAUGAUCCAAAAGCCACUGUCUGUGAGUCAACAUGAUCCAAAAGCCACUGUCUGUGAGUCAACAUGAUCCAAAAGCCACUGUCCUGUGAGUCAACUAGGAUCCAAACCACUGUCCUGUGAGGUCAACAAGAUUGUUUGAUAUUGAACAGAGUUGACAUCUAGCCUUUUUUUCUUUCUGUACACGCCAUCUCUCUUUCUACUAUCUCGCUUAUUAUCCCUCUCUCUCUCUCUCUCUCUCUCGCUCUCUCUCUCGCUCUCUGCUCCUCUUCUCUCUCUCGUCUCUCGCUCUCGCUCUCGUCUCCUCUCUUCUCGCUCUUCGCUCUCUCCUCUCCUCUCCGCUCUCGUAGUCUCUGUCCGAGAGCUCUACACCCCCUCUCUCCCUUCCAUACUCUCUCUCUCUCUUCUCUCGUCCUCUCUCUCUCUCUCUCUCCUCUCUCCUCUCUCUCUCUCUCUCUUUCUCUCUCUCUCUGAGGGCCUUUCUCCCUCAUAUCUCUGUCCAAGAGCUCUCCCCGUCUCUCCCUCCAUCUCUCUCCUUCUCUCUCAGAGGGCCUUUCUACCUCCCUCCUUUCCUCCUUCCCUCCCUCCCUCCAUCUCUCUCUCUCUCUUUCUCUCUGAAGGCCUUUCUCCCUCGUGUCUUUAAGCUCAGUAAGCAGGAUUAGAGCAACAUCCACGUCACAAGCCGCUAUUUUCCACACACUGCAUCACACACACACACAGCUGGCCGGACUGGUUCGAGGAGCGUUGGCCACUACACCACCUCAAAGACAUCGGGCUUCAUCCCAAAUGGCACCCUAUUCCCUAUAUAGUGUGCUACUUUUGACCAGGGCCCUAUGGGCCCUAACACUAAAUAGGGAAUAGGGUGUCAUUUGGGACGAAGCCCAGCUCAUAGAACAUUCCUCACAUUGGAAUGUUAAUGCUGUCUUUAAUAUAAGCCACAAUAAAAGUUACUGCCAUCUCCCAGAAUGGCCUAGAUAAAAGUCCUGUCAUCUCCCAGGAUGGCCCAGAUAAAAGUUCUGCCAUCUCCCAGAAUAACCCAGACAAAAGUCCUGCCAUCUCCCAGAAUGGCCCAGAUAAAAGUCCUGUCAUCUCCCAGAAUAACCCAGACAAAAGUCCUGUCAUCUCCCAGAAUAGCCCAGAUAAAACAGAAUGGCCCAGAUAAAAGUCCUGCCAUCUCCCUGAAUGGCCCAGAUAAAAGUCCUGUCAUCUCCCAGAAUGGCCCAGAUAAAAGUCCUGUCAUCUCCCAGAAUGGCCCAGAUAAAAGUUCUGCCAUCUCCCAGAAUGGCCCAGAUAUAAGUCCUGCCAUCUCCCAAAAUGGCCCAGAUAAAAGUCUUGCCAUCUCCCAGAAUGCAUAAAUGUACGCACGGACACACACACACAUGAAUACAUGCAUGCAUGCAUGCAAGCACCGACCCACACACACACACAUUAUACAAGGGUUUAAACAGAUCAGGCCUAUAGUGAGAGGGGAGGUUAGAGUCAGCUUUAGGUGUUUUGUGUCAGUUGAAGGUAAAACAGCAGUGUGGAAAAACACGUAAUUUCCAGAAAACCACAGACACCUCCUCUCCUCACAGGUUACAUCGGGUUAAGAUACAGGAAACACACACACACACACACACACCACACACACACACACACACACACACACACACACACACACACACACACACACACACACACAACCCCUCCCUUCCUCCCCCCAUACAUAAAAGGAUUGUUGCGGGGCCUCCCGAGUGACGCAGCGGUCUAAGGCACUGCAUCGCGGUGCUAGAGGCGUCACUACAGACCCGGGUUCGAUCCCGGGCUGUGUCGCAGCCGACCAGGAGACCCAUGAGGCGGCACACAAUUUGCCCAGCGUCGUCCAGGUUAGGGGAGGGUUUGGCUGGCCUGGAUGUCCUUGUCCCAUCGCGCUCUAGCAACUCCUUGUGGUGGGCUGGGCGCAUGAAACGCUGUCUUCGGUGGCCAGCUGUAUGGUGUUUCCUCCGACACAUUGGUGCGGCUGGCUUACGGGUUAAGACAUUGGUGCGGCUGGCUUACGGGUUAAGCGAGCAGUGUGUCAAGAAGCAGUGCGGGUCGCGACUUGGCCGGGUUGUGUUUUCGGAGGACGCAUGGCUCUCGACCUUUGCCUCUCCCGAGUCCGUAUGGGAGUUGCAGCGAUGGGACAAGACUGGAACUACCAACUGAGGAGAAAAAAAGCGUAAAAAAUGGAUUGUUGCACAAACAUGCAUUUAAACACAGUUGAGUGAACAAUUACAUUGUUUUGAACUUGAACUUGAAUCCAGCCUCCAUUGCUAGUUCAAAAUCAAAUUAAAUAUUUUUCGUCACAUGCUUGGUAAACAACAGGUGUAGACUAACAGUGAAAUGCUUACUGAUGGGUCCUUUUCCAACAAUGCAGAGUUAAAGAUACAAAUAAAAUAAAAAAUGAAAUACUGACACGAGGAAUAACUAAUAACAAACAGCACUGAGUCGAUGUGCAGGGGUAUGAGGUAAUUGAGCUAGCUAUGUACAUAUUGGUAGGUACUUGUAGUAUUUAUAGAGAUGCAGUAUUAUGUGAUAUUACAAAACGAGUUUAUUUAUUUAUUACCAAAUGAGUUUAUUUAUUUAUUUAUUACCAAACUAGUUUGUUUAUUUAUUUAUUACCAAACUAGUUUAUUUAUUUAUUACCAAAUGAGUAUAUUUAUUUAUUUAUUUAUUACCAAACUAGUUUAUUUAUUUAUUUAUUACCCAAACUAGUUUAUUUAUUUAUUAAUUACCAAAUGAGUUUAUUUAUUUAUUUAUUACCAAACUAGUUUAUUUAUUUAUUACCAAACUAGUUUAUUUAUUUAUUACCAAAUGAGUUUAUUUAUUUAUUUAUUACCAAACUAGUUUAUUUAUUUAUUUAUUACCAAACUAGUUUAUUUAUUUAUUACCCAAACUAGUUUAUUUAUUACCAAACUAGUUUAUUUAUUUAUUACCAAAUGAGUUUAUUUAUUACCAAACUAGUUUAUUUAUUUAUUUAUUACCAAACUAGUUUAUUUAUUUAUUACCAAACUAGUUUAUUUAUUUAUUACCAAACUAGUUUAUUUAUUUAUUACCAGUACCAACUAGUUUGGUCUCAGGUGAGUGUAAUGUAUUAUAGGCCUGUGUGUGUGUGUGUGUGUGUGUGUGUGUGUGUGUGUGUGUGUGUGUGUGUGUGUGUGUGUGUGUGUGUGUGUGUGUUGUGUGUGGUGUGUGUGUGUGUGUGUGUGUGUGUGUGUGUGUGUGUGUGUGUGUGUGUGUGUGUGUGUGUGUGUGUGUGUGUGUGUGCGUGCGUGCGUGCGUCAGUGGGCAGUUAAGAAGAACCACAAACUGAAGAGGAUGUGGCUUCAACAGAAAACAGAGAGAGAGAGAGAGAGAGAGAGAGGGGGAGAGGGAGAGAGAGGGAGAGACAGAGAGAGAUAGAGAUGGAUGUGGAGCGACGGAGAGCGAGAGAGAGAGCGAGAGAGAGAGAGAGAGGAUGGAGGGAGAGAGCUCUCGGACAGAGACGAGAGAGCGAGAGAGAGCGAGAGCGAGAGUGAGAGCGAGAGAGAAACCGAAAAGAGAAUGAAAGAAACCGAGAGAAAGACGGAUACCCAUCCACCUCAACAUGUAGUCAGCGAGGCCUAAGGACUGAGCUUGUAGAAAACCUUCAUUUACAUGCUCUAGUGAACUGACUGCUACGUAACAUAAUGCAGGCUAUAGGAGGCCAUCUGUUGCACUGAAAUAGAUUGAAAAGUAAAUCUGUAAUAUGGUAAAUCAUCUUUCCAUGAAAGCUGUAGUGAUGAGGCUAUACGAUGCAGCUUUAUCCCCAUGUUAUGUAACGGUAGUCAUUCUAUUAAUGACAGCUGGGGCUGAGUGGCACGUGAGACCUGUAGACUAUACUAAACUGUAUGAUACAUACACACACACACAUACACACAUACACACACACACCCUAACCUAACGUUUUCCCCAUCAAACUGUGUCCAACGUCAUGUAACCUGUUAUUGACCUUAUACAGUAUAACCUCCUCUCUCUCCCCCACCAGGUGUCUCCCCAGUCCUACAUUUCCCAGCAGUCUCUCCUGGAGUCUCCUCUAUACUCCGCCAUCCACCAGGUGAAGAGGCGGAGCCAAGUGGAGCCUCCCAGCCCCGCCCCCGGCCAGCGACCCCUGCAGGUCAUUUUGUUUGUUGUAUUUCACAGUUUGAUUCUGAUGAAGGCCGUUGACGAUGGAAAUGUCAUGUUUUUAACUUUAAAUGUUUUUAACUUAAAAUAACUAAUACAUUUUAAGUUUGAUUGAGAGUCCUUUCAAACAGUAAUUUAAAAAAUGCACUUAGCAAAGAUGAUGUGCAUACAUAAAGCUAUUGAGGAAGACACAAAAAAGUACACAAAAUGACACAAAAAAGUCCAAUACAUAUUUCCGUUGUGCCCCUGCAGGUGCUGGACCUAUGGGAGCAAUACUCGGACCCUUCCAUGGGGCGAUGUUUCUAUGUCAACACCGUUACCAAGGAGAGGUCCUGGAAACCCCCCCGCAGAGCCCGUGAACGGGUAACAGACAUAACAGGGAUAUACAGAUCACAGGGUCCUAUGUUAAUUUACAGAUAUACAGAUCACAGGGUCCUAUGUUAAUUUACAGUUAUACAGAUCACAGGGUCCUAUGUUAAUUUACAGAUAUACAGAUCACAGGGUCCUAUGUUAAUUUACAGAUAUACAGAUCACAGGGUCCUAUGUUAAUUUACAGAUAUACAGAUCACAGGGUCCUAUGUUAAUUUACAGAUAUACAGAUCACAGGGUCCUAUGUUAAUUUACAGAACACAGGGUCCUAUGUUAAUUUACAGAUAUUCAGAUCACAGGGUCCUAUGUUAAUUUGAACAGUACACGUAUUGUGAAACAGUACAACUAUUUUUGGGGACAAUAGAGUCUAUCAACACUUUUUUUAAACGUUGCCAGCAAUGACAAAUAGUAGGACAGAUGUGCUUUCAAACUAACACCUAUACUCUCUUCCCUGCUACAGGCUAGUCCGAUGCAGCCACAGACGGUCCCAAGGGAUGCCAACCACCUGUCUCUCCCCAUCUCAGGCACAGAGAAUGGCAACAUGAACAGGGUAGGUCCACAUGGCAACAUGAACAGGGUAGGUCCACAUGGCAACAUGAACAGGGUAGGUCCACAUGGCAACAUGAACAGGGUAGGUCCACAUGGCAACAUGAACAGGGUAGGUCCACAUGGCAACAUGAACAGGGUAGGUCCACAUGGCAACAUGAACAGGGUAGGUCCACAUGGCAACAUGAACAGGGUAGGUCCACAUGGCAACAUGAACAGGGUAGGUCCACAUGGCAACAUGAACAGGGUAGGUCCACAUGGCAACAUGAACAGGGUAGGUCCACAUGGCAACAUGAACAGGGUAGGUCCACCUACAGCCUCGUUUUCCUCACAGUAUCUGACGUAAAAAAAAAAAAAAUAAAAAACUGUUACAAGGACUUCAUUAAGUGUUGUAAUGUGAAUGUGUUGCUAGUGUUGUCAACCUCGUGACCAUGAACUAAUGAAACAGGGAGAUGUAGCCUGCACACAACAGCCGGCGGGACCGGAAAUGUUUUCUCUAGUGGGGUUUUAUUCCUUUAUUGCUACUGAUUUGUGAUUGAGGUAUGUUACAUGGAUGAUUUGCAGGUAGAAAUGGUAAUGGUAUAACCUUUUAAAUGCUUCCAGUGCUUCAGUAUUUUAGCGGCAGAAUAUUUUCACACGUGGCUUUUUUUGGCGGCACCUUUACCCGGGCCCUUUUAAAGGUAGUAACUCGUAAUGGGAGAGUUCAGUGAAAUAAAUGUAUUCACAUAUUUGUUUCCUUACUUUGUGAGCAGUCUAUGGACUGCUCCUAAUCUCUCCUGGACAAAUUUUGCGCAUAAACCGAAUAAUCUAUCGUGACAGGAUGGAAUUCACAAGGAAAACGAGCAUCAGCAUUCCGAUGUUUGAGUUUUCGUAAACAGAUUAUUUGGACGUACCAGGAUUGGGCGAAGGCGGUGCUUAAACUUCGACAGCUUCGCACAUGUGGUGAAAUUAGUUUAGAAAUGGUAUUUUGCGUGUGUGGAGACUUUGCAAACCGGAAAUCCCAAUUUCUAACAGGUAUAGUUAGCGUCUUCGGACUGAAACCGUUACUUUACUAAAGUUACACAUCACACUACUACAACAGUGUUACUGUUUUGGAAUUAAAAUGUUGAAUAUAUUUCCGUAACAUCAUGUGUUGUGUGCUCAUUGUUUAACCAUUGAUAUGUUCUAGGGGCCAUUUUGAGACAUUAAGGAGCAUCAGGUACUGCUGGAAUGUCUACCAAUGGCAUGUACAUCUUUUUGUGAGAAAUCACACUGGUCACUCAAAACAGUUAUAAAGUAUUUAUAAAGUAUAAAUAGCCCACACUUUAGAUGAGGCCACACAAAAAUACUUAACUAGUAAAUGGUUUAUAAGAACCUAUAUUAAAGAUCUUAUGAAUGAUCCUAUGAAUCGUUAUUAAAUACUAAAAGUUGUUUAUAAAUGUGUGAUUAACUAGGUUACUAACAUUUACAAAUGUGGGAGUAGUGAUUAAUAAAUUAUGAAUAAACUAUUUACUAAUCCAUUAUAAAUGCUUUAUUAUGUGGAGUUAUUAUAAAGUGCUACCAUUUAUUCAUUCAUUUGUUAAUUCCUCUGAAAUGGCUUGGCGUUUAGCUUAUCUCGGUAACAGUAAGAAGUUGAUGCGUGUUGAUAUAAUGUAGACAAGGAACGCUACCCAGACACUGAACCAGAGCUUUAUGGACACCAAGACUCCACAGGUUGUCAGGAUAACACUUUGGCCCUGCCCAGAAACAAGCCCUGACACGCUAGGCGCUUGUGGAGAUCUGAUAGUGUUGGAUAGUUAAAAUUCGACCUAGCUUAUCAGUGGGCAAGGUGGCGCUAAAUCCAUACUACGUAUGCCUAUCUAUUCUACAGUGUGCCAGGUGAGUAGGAACCGUGGGUUGUACAGUGUAACAAUGAGCAAUUACAACAGUUGUUAUAGUGUACUUACAUGAGUAACCACACAGUGUUGUAAAGUGGGAUUGUGUCUGGGCUUCAUCCAACUUCAACUCCAACUGACCCGUAGUGCUAGUGUCACCAUGGUGACUACAAAGAUAAGAGCAGUCAGUGAAUUAAAAUAAGGUCUCUGUAGAUAAUUAUACUGUUGUCCUUGUUGUUACUGUUAGCGGUCUUAUAUUGUUGAUAUGAUAAUGUAUCUGGGUACGUCCCAAAUGGCACCCUGUUCCCUAUAUAGUGCACUACUUUUGACCCUUAGCCUAGGGUGCCAUUUGGGAUGCUCAGUCUAGGCACAUGGCUUCCUGGUUGUGCAUAGUGAGAGCGAUGGUACAUGCUGAUAAUGUUAAUGUUAGGUUCCAUAUAGAAAGAGGAAGUUUGUGCCGUGAGAGAGAGAGAAGGACAGAGAGAGGUGAAUUUCAGGUUGUGGUUCCUUUGUUCAGAUGAAAAGGUGCAUUGUCAGGAAGGUACACUACAUCUGACAGUGGCGUGGACUGACUCUCGUAUUGAUUACCAAGGGAACAUUCGUUUUAUAGUUUGGUUUGGUUUUCAUCUGGACUCUGAUACAGGUGAUAUAGGCUACUGAUGAACAGUGUGACUGUAAGUUCCGUUUUUUUUAUUGUGUGUGUGGAUGGUGUGUGUGUGUGUGUGUGACUGUGUGUGAGGGAGCGUGAGUGUAACACAGCACUAGCUAAUGUAUAUUUCAUCAGUUAGCUUCUACUUUCUUAGACAAAAAGGUGCUCUCUAGAACCUAAAAGGGUUUUUCGGCUGUCCCCAUAGGAGAACCCUUUGAAGAACCCUUUUUAGUUCCAGGUAGAACCCUUUUCGGUUACACGUAGAACCCUUUCCACAGAGGGUUCAACAUGGAACCCAAAAGGGUUCUAGCUGGAAGCAAAUAUAGUUCUACCUGGAACCAAAAAGGGUUCUAGCUGGAAGCAAAUAUAGUUCUACCUGUAACCCAAAAGGGUUCUAGCUGGAAGCAAAUAUAGUUCUACCUGGAACCAAAAAGGGUUCUCUUAUGGGGACAGCUAAAGAACCCCUUUGGAACCCUUUUUUGUAAGAGUGUAGUCUCACGUUAGUGCUUGUGUCUUCACAUUUGCUAGAUAACAGACUAGUAUGACUGACUGUACAGUACGUCUAUGUGUCCCAGUUUGUGACAACAAUAUACACGUCAACAAGUUAUAGAUUUCAGCUGUGAUAAAGCUAUCUGUGCUUUUCACUAUGGGCAACAGCUAAUGGGGAUCCUAAUAAAUACGAAAUACUAAAUACUAUUACUGAACUGUGGUGAGGUGAGCAUUCUCAGGGAUUUUUCAGAUUUGUCUGGUCAUUGUGAAAUAUAGUAUCAACUGACAUGUUUGGAAAGAAAAGUGUAUUUAUGCUUUUUUGUGUUGCGUAAUGUGUUGGUCAUUCUAGACCAGUGUUUGCUGUAAUUUGCCUUUGUAGUGAAGCAAAAUACAAAUGGACUGUGGACUGUAAGGAAAUAGUGUUCUUCCUCUUCUUCAGCUCUCUCCAGACUUCCUGUACGGUGGGCAGAAUGCUGACAGUGGCUGGGAGCUGGUUCAGGUGAGAUUUGAAUGGAAUGGAAUGUAGAGAUUAAUGGAAUGUGUACAGGGGAAAUAACUUCCUGGCAACAAAACAAGGAACUAAAAGUUUAACAAUACAACAAUAAUAUCUACAUAAACUAAUUUCUCCAACGGUGCUAUCAGAAUCAAUCAGCAUCCUUUAAUUACUUUCUUACAUAUCCUCUAAUAAUGUCUGGAAUGGAGCUAAUGGAAUGGUAUCAAAAACAUGGUUUUCAUGUGUUUGAUACCAUUCCAUUCCACUCCAUUCUACCCAUUCCACUCCAUUCUACCCAUUCCACUCCAUUCUACCCAUUCCACUCCAUUCUACCCAUUCCACUCCAUUCCACUCCAUUCUACCCAUUCCACUCCAUUCCACUCCAUUCUACCCAUUCCACUCCAUUCUACCCAUUCCACUCCAUUCUAGCCAUUAUUAUGAGCCGUCCUCCCCUCAGCAGCCUCCACUGAUAUACACAGAGUAGCUGACCUGCCCCUCUCUGUGUUCCUGCCCUGUAGAGCAUGCAGAGAGCAGUGUCCUCAGACACCAUCAGCACCACAGCUUUCAGUACAGAAGAGUCUCAGGGGGUUGUCCAGCGACGUCACUCUGCCCUACUGCAUCAUGGGACAGAGCAGCUCAGCCACGCACGAGCCAUAAUACUGCCCGAGAACGGCAAGGUAUACACAGACACACACACACACACACACACACACACACACACACACACACACACACACACACACACAGACACACACACACACACACACACACACACACACAGACACACACACACACACACACACACACACACACACACACACACACACACACACACACACACACACACACACACAGAGCCAGGUAGACAGACACAUGCUAGCAGAAUGACGCAGACACACACAUAUUGUUGUCCAGAUAGUCAAUUCCUGUUUUACUUCUGGGGGGAAUGGUGUUAACAAUUGUGAUUACCUUUGUGCAAAGGAAGGAAGCAAAGUCUUCUCCCUCACAAACGGAAACUCUAGGCCAAACCCCUCCCUUCCGCUAAUUUCACGUGUUUAUCAUGGCCAAAAAAUACAUAUUUGUUUUCAUCAAUGUUUACGAUAGAGCCAAUUCUGACUUUGUGGCUGUAUUAACUAGUGGAAACCGUUUAUUAUCCAUAUGGGCUUAAAAAUCACAGCACCAGUUUAAGCACCGCCUUUGCCCAAUCCUGAUUCGUCCAAAUAAUCAAUGACAAAAACCCAAAACCAGGAAUUACUGGUGCUUGGAAUCACAUAAUUCUACAUGGGCCUUGACAGAUUCUCACCGUUUCAUGUGUCCGUGAGAAUCUAUCCACGAGAUAUUUGUCAAGACCUAACAUGUAUGUGUUGUUCCUAGCUUGGCCGGCAGUGCAGAGACUGCUCCUACCCUGGGACCAGUGUGGUGGUGGAGCCUCCUUCUCCAGACAUCUCUCCAGACAGCAAUGACAGCUCCACACCAGUGAGACUCACAACCCAAUGUCCCCAAUGUCCCCAACUGUCCCUCUGCCUCCGCUGUCUCCCAACUGUAACCCCUGUCCCACUGUCCGUCCAUGCUUCUAGUGACAUUUGGCAACUCUUUCCCCCUGGGUUGUUGCUGUAAAUUACAAUGUGUUUUCAGUUCACUUACUGUGUGCACCAACGUAGUCAUCAGAGCAGCCUGUGAAUUAUCCCUCUGUAUCACCAGUUAAUCUCCCCCACCUCUUCCAUCCUCAGGAGCUGGAGAAAGCAGGUCUGCUGAAUAAGACCAAGAUAGCAGAGGGAGGCAGGAAACUGAGGUAGACUGUCCGUGAUACGAGGAGGAUAUAACCUUCUACAUCCUGUAUCUGCUGUAGAGGUUUGGAACCCUGUGUGUGUGUGUGUUCUCCUGGUGUGUGUUUUAGGAAAAACUGGAAUCCGUCGUGGGUGGUUCUGGUUGGGAACAGUCUGGUGUUCUUCAAGGAUCCUAAAUCACAGACCCCCUCCAGCUGGGUAAGACAGUCAUUGAGUUUUAACUAUCAUAGAUCGAGUUGAAAUAACUGUUGUUGUUGUUGUUUUUUUUAACGUCUCAAGACUGAUUUCUUAUUUUGUGUGUUGGUAUCCAGAAACCAGGCAACAGUCGUCCGGAGAGCAGUGUAGACCUGAGAGGAGCUGUGGUGCAGUGGACCAAUGACCUGUCCAGCAAGAAGAACGUCUUCAAGGUCAGUCACACACCAGGAGGCAGGGAUGUCACUCAAACCAUCAUUUUCUUGUUUGUAUAAAAUUUCAAUGACAUUUUUAAGACACUUUAUUUCACCCUGUAUUUUAGGGAAGUCAAAUGUGUCUAUUUAAGUCUCACUGAGAGAGAACCGUUUUAGUGGUUUUCUGUGAGAGAAAAAAACAUUCUCACCUCCUAUUGAGAGGAAGCUCAGUAUCUGAAUGUAGGCUAUGUGUUGUAGCAGUACUCAUUGAGCACCAGGGUCAGGCUAUGUGUUGUAGCAGUACUCGAUGAGCACCAGGGUUAGGCUAUGUGUUGUAGCAGUACUCGAUGAGCACCAGGGUUAGGCUAUGUGUUGUAGCAGUACUCGAUGAGCACCAGGGUUAGGCUAUGUGUUGUAGCAGUACUCGAUGAGCACCAGGUUAGGCUAUGUGUUGUAGCAGUACUCGAUGAGCACCAGGGUUAGGCUAUGUGUUGUAGCAGUACUCGAUGAGCACCAGGGUUAGGCUAUGUGUUGUAGCAGUACUCGAUGAGCACCAGGGUCAGGCUAUGUGUUGUAGCAGUACUCGAUGAGCACCAGGGUUAGGCUAUGUGUUGUAGCAGUACUCGAUGAGCACCAGGGUUAGGCUAUGUGUUGUAGCAGUACUCGAUGAGCACCAGGGUUCGAGACAAUUCAAUUUCAACUCAGUCAAUUCAAUACAUGCCUUAAAAUUCCAGUUCAAGAAUUGAAAAUCGGCAUUCAUUCUCAAUGCAAAUUUUGUAAUUCCUGAAUUGUAAUUUGAAUUCAUUUCCCGAAUUGACUGAAUGGAAAUUGAAUUUUUGGAAGAAGUAGUAGUAAGUAGUAGACUACCUGGGAAGUAGUUUGUGAUUUGGGACUAACCCACGGUCUGUUUGUGUGGUAGCUGAGGACAGUGACAGGGAAUGAGUUCCUACUGCAGUCAGAGACAGACUCACUGAUCAGAGAGUGGUUCAACACCAUCCACAGUGUCAUCGACAGACUGGUGAGUCUCACACACUGUGUGUGUGUUUGUGUGUGUGUGUGUGUGUGUGUGUGUGCGCGUGUGUGUGUGUGUGUGUGCAUGAGCUCUAGAACUAUUUGCAACAGAUAUUCAGCCACAGGAUGUUGGUGGCACCUUAGCUGGGGAGGACGGGCUCGUGGUAAUGACUGGAGUGGAAUCAGUGGAAUGGUUUCCAUGUGUGUGAUGUCAUUCCAUUCGCUCCGUUCCAGCCAUUAAUAUUGGCCGUCCUCCUCUCAGCAGCCUGUAUUCAGCUACUCUAGGAGGACAAUGGAAGUUCAUUAAAAACCUUUCAUAAUGAUCAAACACCAACUUAUUUUAGCGUCUAGCUUUCAUCAGGGUGCUUACAGAUAGUUAACAAAGUCGUCUGGUACAAGUUCAAAUUCUCUUCUCUUCUAUAGGAUCGGGAGAAUCCCCUGGACAAUGUCCUGUUGUACUCUCUGAGGAGGGCGGGUAGUGUAGAUAUGUUGGACCCCAGUGGAGACGAGGAGGACAGAGGAGGGGUAUAUAAAGCAUCACGUGAGUCUCUCCUCCAUCUCCUCCAUCCAAGGGUACUGUUGCUGUGCUGUGGCUGCCCGUGUGCUUCCUCCUGUGGUGUAUGUGUGUGUCUCACAGGGGUAAAAAGCAAAAAGAGACAUUUCACAUUUCUCUAAAAUGACAUAAAAGUUGUGAGUCUAUCAUUUUUCUGUGUUCUUCUGUUUUACUGAGUGCAAGCCCCAUCUCUCCCCAUUCACGCGCCCUGCACGUCAUCCGGGCGGGGCCCCCCUGCACGCGCGCCGCACUGGCGCCGGCUGCGCCGGGCCCGCGGCCGGCAGGGCACCCCGGGGCACGCCCGUGCUAGGCGCGCCCCCCGUCCACGCGCGCCGCACGGCGCCGGACGCGCCCCGGCCACCGCGCGCCGGCACGGCCGGUCCGGCGCGGCCCGGCACGAGCGACGGAACGGAGCGGUCACGGGCGACGGCGAGAAAGUUAAGAACAAAGCGAGGCGACCGGAGAGAAACAACUCGGCAGCGAGCAGGCGAGAACGGCGGAGCGAAAAGAGAAUGGAAAGGGGGAAGGACAGAGAGAGCGGAAAGUAGAGCUAGGAGAGAACCAUGUCAAAGAGAGAAGGACCCGGGAGAAGGAGAGAAAAGCAGGACAAGACGGAUGCAAGGAAAGACCGGAGGAGUGAAAGAAGGAAAGCCCUCCGUUAUCAUUCUCUCUCCCUCUUGGCCCCACUUCCCGGUGCAGUCCCUCGUUCUGUUCCAACGUGGUGAGAGAAAUUCAGGUGAGGAAAGAAAGAAGGAAUAAGAAAGUAAGUAAGCGUAUUGUUCCGGGGUAUGUUUUUGUUUCGGAGAGACUGAAGAGGUUCAUCCUCCAAGGGAGAACCUCACGGCUACAGAUCCUAAAGGAGAAAGAAAAGAAAGGACUCAUAAAGGGCUGAGGUAUGGUUAAAUGACGGUAGCGGGGUUAGAGGGGGAUGAGAGAGAGAAGGCACAAGGAGAGAGAGAAGUAGGAGACCACAGGUAGAGAGGGAGAGAGAGGAGGAGGGAGAGUAGGAGAAAGAGCUCGAGGAGAGAGGGCAGAGACGUAGCCGGAGUAGAGAGAGAGGACGAAGUAGAGAAAGGAGGAGAGAGAGGAGAGAAAGAAGGAGAGAGCAGAGAGACGAGCAGAAGAGAGAGAGCGAGAGCGCAGAGAGAGAGAGCGGCGAGAGGAGCAGAGACGGAGCGAGCGAGAGGAGAGAGAAGAGGCGUACUUAGCAAGACCUUAAUCGUCGAUAUCAGCGCAAAGCGCAGAUAAGAGCGAGUACUAGUAGCGCUUAGAGAGAUUUAGAUAUAGAGAGAUGAAGAGCGUCAUCGCCACCUAGCUAUCCUAUCCUCUCUCUCGUAGCUCGAAAGCGAUAGUAUGCUCUCUCUCUAUCUCUCGUCCUCUCCUCACUUCUCUCUUUCUCCUCUCUCCUCUCUCUCUCUCUCGCUCUCUCCUAUUCUGUCUGUCUCUGUCCUUAGAUCUCUUUCUGACUGAGAUCUAUCAGGGGAGACUGAGAUCACUUAGAGGGGUAAAUCCUAACAUCUCGCCUUCGUUGAAUGUCACUUAGGUUCCAUGACAUCAAAGAUGACUACAUGGAAAUUGACUGAGAGUGGAAGUAGGAUCUCCCGCUCAGUGAUGUCAUUCUAAAUGCUAAAUCACUUGAAGAGUAGUGGCCAGUCAAGUCGGGAACUGCAGAGAUCAAUUCAAUUCCUUGACAUUUCUGUGGUGUUUAUUUUCAUUGAAUAAUAAUAAUAAGUGGAGGAUUGUGGUUUGGUUUAAUCUAUGAAUGUGUCCGUGGCUCUCACGACCUCAGAUCUCAGUUUUGUGAGUGUUGACUGCCAAGUCGCUUUAGACCAAAAUCAUCUUUAGUCUUCUAAACCAUGCUGUUGUUGUUGUUGUUAUUUUCAGACAAGGUGUUUGGCUGUCAUACUUGAGAUGCUGUGCUGAGAGAGGAGAAGAACACGGUGACCUAGCUUCGCAGGCUCUGCACUGAGGCUGUGGAGAGGAGAGGUACAGGCCAUAGACGUUAAACAAUGGGUACAGUACAGCUUCUGGCACUCCCCUCUGGGUUCCGUGUGGCUGUAGGCAAACAAAUAUUUUGUGGAAGAGAUGAGAAUGUUCACUGCACGUUUACAACACCUUGAACUGGUUUAUUAUUGAUAAGGAUUUUAUGGGUUUUAAGGGUUUUAACCGUCUGUGGUUGUUGCCAGGGUUACAUGUAGUACCGGUGUGUUGUUGCCAGGGUUACAUGUAGUACCGGUGUGUUGUUGCCAGGGUUACAUGUAGUACCGGUGUGUUCGUGUGCCAGGUUACAUUGUAGCUACCGGUGUGUGUGCCAGGGUUAUAGUCUACUGAUGUGUGUUGCCAGGGUUACAUUUCCUACCUGUGUGUUGUGAUUCAGGUCUGGAGACAGACGGUAUCUACAGAGUGAGUGGGAACCUGGCGGUCAUCCAGAAACUACGCUUCCUAGUCAACCAUGGUGAGGGAGGGAGGGGAGGAGGGAGGAAGGGAGUAAGGAAGAGAGUGAGGAGGAAGGAGGAGAGGGAGGAGGAGGAAGGGAUGAAGAGAAGGAGGAGGAAGAGAGGGAGGAGGGAGGAAGAGAGGCGGAAAAGGGAGAGGGAGGAAGUAGAUGGGAGGAGAGAGGAGGAGGGAGUAGGAGAGGGAGAGGGAGGAAGAGAGGAGGAGGGAGGAGGAGAGGCGCCAGCGAAGGAGGAGGGAGGAAGAGCGAGAAGUGAGAGGGGGGGAGGUGAGGAGGAGUGGGGAGGAGGAGGAAGGGAUGAAGAGAAAGAGGAGGAAUAAGAGAGGGAGGAGGAGAAACGGAGACGAGAGGGAGGAGGGAGGGAGGAGGAGAGGGAGGAAGAGAGGGAGGAGGGAAUAGGAAGAGGGAGGAAGAGAGAGGGAGGAAGAUGACGGGAGGAGGGAGGAGGAGAUGGAGAAGAGAGGGAGGAAGAGAGGAGGAGGAGAUGAAGAGAGGGAGGAGGGAGGAGGAGAGGGAGGAAGGAGGAGGGAGGAAGAGAGUGAAGAGGGAGGAGGAGAGGGAGGAGGGAGGAGGAGGGAGGAGGAGAGGGAGGAAGAGAGGGAGGAGGGAGGAGGAAGGGGGAGAGGGAGGAGGAAGGGGGAGAGGGAGGAAGAGAGGGAGGAGGGAGGAGGAAGGGGGCAUGUUCUGAAAUGCAUCCUACACUACACAUUACAUUUUUUUAAAGCCCAGAGUGCUUUAUAAUGGACAUAAUUUAGGAUUCCACUCUGAACGAGGAUAUCCUGAUUCAGACCUGCUUGACCUGGUAAGCUAAAUGACUGUUGGUUGUUUUAUUGCAGAGCGAGCGGUGACUACAGACGGACGUUAUAUGUUCCCUGCGGAGUUGGUACAAGGUAGACCGACAGGUGAAGACUGUAGAGCCAAGGCCACUCACGGUUUUCAUCCAAAUGCCUAUCUGCAUAUCUGUGUGCACUGUACUCACUGCAUACAUGCAAAAACACAUGUUUGUUUGUCUUGAAGCUUUCCAUUUGUCUAUUGUGUUGUCUUUGCAUCAAAUUUUGUUUGAGUAAACUAUAAAUCCAAGUGGCGUGUGUGUGCUUUACACAGUCCAUUGGUGUCACAAAGUGGCUAAAACAGAGUACUGCAGCUUGUGUUUUGUGAAACGCCUUAGCCCAGCUCACCUGACCAAUGUUUUGCGAUACUCAUUUGGACAGCAGAUAGAACCUUAAAUCAAACUCUUGAAGAAACACCGUUAUUGAGUGUACAAAUGUAUUUGUGGCACUUUUGAAACAUUGUUUUGAAACAUUGUUCAGGAGGGUCGUAUUGUGUUUGCCUUUCUGGCUGCCCUCAGACUAUCGCUUCCCUUUCACAGUUUCUUUCUUUCUGCUAUCGUACCAGCCUACGAGCCUGCCGGCCGACCUGUCAAUCAAAGUACUGAGAGCGUUUUAACAGUCAAAUUCACACGUCCCUCCCUCCACCCCUCCCUCCCUACUCCAACCCCUCUAUUCCUCCCUCCCUCCCCCCUCCAUACCUCCUCCUCCAUACCUGCCCUCCCGCACUCUACCUACCUCGCUACCCAAUCCCUCCCUCCCUCCCUCCACCCUCUUUCCCCUCCCUCCACCCCUCUCUCCUUACUCCAAUAGAGAAGUUGAACCUGGACCAGAGUGAAUGGGAGGACAUCCAUGUCAUCACAGGAGCCCUAAAGCUGUUCUUCAGAGAGCUUCCUGAACCCCUGGUUCCUUACGGCUUCUUCACAGACAUAUUAGAGACUGUCAGUGAGUAUAUACCCUUUCUAUUACCUACCUACCUACCUACCUACCUACCUACCUACCUACCUACCUACCUACCUACCUACCUACCUACCUACCUACCUACCUACCUACCUACCUACCUACCUACCUACCUACCUACCUACCUACCUACCUACCUACCUACAGUGAGGAAAAAAAGUAUUUAGUCAGCCACCAAUUGUGCAAGUUCUCCCACUUAAAAAGAUGAGAGAGGUAUGUAAUUUUCAUCAUAGGUACACGUCAACUAUGACAGACAAGAUGAGAAUUUUUUUUCCAGAAAAUCACAUUGUAGGAUUUUUUAAUGAAUUAUUUGCAAAUUAUGGUGGAAAAUAAGUAUUUGGUCAAUAACAAAAGUUUCUCAAUACUUUGUUAUAUACCCUUUGUUGGCAAUGACACAGGUCAAACGUUUUCUGUAAGUCUUCACAAGGUUUUCACACACUGUUGCUGGUAUUUUGGCCCAUUCAACCAUGCAGAUCUCCUCUAGAGCAGUGAUGUUUUGGGGCUGUCGCUGGGCAACACAGACUUUCAACUCCCUCCAAAGAUUUUCUAUGGGGUUGAGAUCUGGAGACUGGCUAGGCCACUCCAGGACCUUGAAAUGCUUCUUACGAAGCCACUCCUUCGUUGCCCGGGCGGUGUGUUUGGGAUCAUUGUCAUGCUGAAAGACCCAGCCACGUUUCAUCUUCAAUGCCCUUGCUGAUGGAAGGAGGUUUUCACUCAAAAUCUCACGAUACAUGGCCCCAUUCAUUCUUUCCUUUACAUGGAUCAGUCGUCCUGGUCCCUUUGCAGAAAAACAGCCCCAAAGCAUGAUGUUUCCACCCCCAUGCUUCACAGUAGGUAUGGUGUUCUUUGGAUGCAACUCAGCAUUCUUUGUCCUCCAAACACGACGAGUUGAGUUUUACCAAAAAGUUAUAUUUUGGUUUCAUCUGACCAUAUGACAUUCUCCCAAUCCUCUUCUGGAUCAUCCAAAUGCACUCUAGCAAACUUCAGAUGGGCCUGGACAUGUACUGGCUUAAGCGGGGGGACACGUCUGCCAUGCAGGAUUUGAGUCCCUGGCGGCGUAGUGUGAUACUGAUGGUAGGCUUUGAUACUUUGAUCCCAGCUCUCUGCAGGUCAUUCACUAGGUCCCCUCCGUGUGGUUCUGGGAUUUUUGCUCACCGUUCUUGUGAUCAUUUUGACCCCACGGGGUGAGAUCUUGCGUGGAGCCCCAGAUCGAGGGAGAUUAUCAGUGGUCUUGUAUGUCUUCCAUUUCCUAAUAAUUGCUCCCACAGUUGAUUUCUUCAAACCAAGCUGCUUACCUAUUGCAGAUUCAGUCUUCCCAGCCUGGUGCAGGUCUACAAUUUUGUUUCUGGUGUCCUUGACAGCUCUUUGGUCUUGGCCAUAGUGGAGUUUGGAGUGUGACUGUUGAGGUUGUGGACAGGUGUCUUUUAUACUGAUAACAAGUUCAAACAGGUGCCAUUAAUACAGGUAACGAGUGGAGGACAGAGGAGCCUCUUAAAGAAGAAGUUACAGGUCUGUGAGAGCCAGAAAUCUUGCUGGUUUGUAGGUGACCAAAUACUUAUUUUUCCACCAUAAUUGCAAAAUAAAUUCAUUAAAAAUCCUACAAUGUGAUUUCUGGAAAUUUUUUUCUCAAUUUGUCUUCAUAGUUGACGUGUACCUAUGAUGAAAAUUACAGGCCUCUCUCAUCUUUUUAAGUGGAGAACUUGCACAAUUGGUGGCUGGACUAAUACUUUUUUUCCCCACUGUACCUACCUACCUACCUACCUACCGUAUACCUACCUAUACCUGACCUACCUACCUACCAUACCAUACCUACCCUACCACCUACCUAAUACCUGACCUACCUUACCUAACUAGCACAAACUAAACUAACUAACGAACUAACUGACCUGCACUUGCCUACCUACCUUAGCCUACCUACCUACCUACAUACCAUAACCUACCUACCUACCUACCUACCUACCUACCUACAUACUUACCUACCUACCUUACCUACCUAAAACUAGCAAACUAGCAAACGAACUAACUAAUGAAACUAAACUGCCUAACCUACCUGACUACCUACCUACAGUAACCUACCUACCUACCUACCUACACGACCUACUACCUACCGACCUACCACGACCGUACCUUACCUACCUUCUUCAUACCCGACCUCCCUACAGUACCUACCUACCGAAUAGCAAACUAACGAACUAACUAAACGAACUAAUGAACAACUACUAACUAAACAACUAACUAACUCAACUAACUAAACAAACUAAAUAACGAACUAACGACCGACCGACUCCUGCGCAAACGAAAGUAAUACCGACCGUGAGCAAACUAAACGACCUACAGCACCGACCGACCCAAACGAACGAAACGAACGACGACGAGCAAACGAAAACGAACGAACGGAACGAACGAACGAACAACGAACGAAACUUGACACGAACGAACGAACGAACGACCGACCGACCAGAACCGACCGACCGCCGGGACCGACCGACCGACAGGACCGACCGAACGAACUAACAACGAACUAAUACCUAACGAAACUAACUUAACUGCUACUACCGACUACCCUACCUACCUGCAAACGAAAGAAACGCGAAACGACCUACCGAACUACCGACAUACCUACCGAACUUAGCAAACGAAACGACUAAUAAUAACACCUACUCUACCUACCUACCUACCGUACCGAACCGCCUACCUACUACCUAACGACCGACGGACCGACUACGACCGGACCUACCUACCGACCUAACGAACUAAACUAAAACUUAACUAAAACUAAACUAAUACAACUAACUAACUACGAACUAAUCUAACUACCUUAAACUAACUAACUAACUAACUUAACUGCCUGCUGCCUGCCUUACCGACAGACCGACUAACCUACCUACCUCCUACAUACAUUACCUCUAGCCAAACGGAACUAAUACGACCUACCUACCUACCUAACUACCCUAGCAAACUGAAAACUAACUAACUAAACAACUAACUAACUACUAACUAAUAACUAACUAACUAACUAACUAACUACCUACCUACCUACCUAGAGUUAGAAGGUUCUGAUCUGGAGUGUAAUGAGUGUGUCCUACUGUGUGUGUGUUCCAGAGAUGUCAGACUACCUGGAUAAAGUGGACCGUCUGAAGUGGCUGGUACUGAGCAUGCCUCCUCCCAACCAAGACACCAUGAGGUUCAUGUUCAGCCAUCUCAAACGGUACGAGACACCGCACCUCCAAGGGUUCAAAGACCCUGUCACAAUACCCAGUGUACCCUCAAAAAUCUGACACAUCUAACCACAAUCUAAUUCCAUUUCACCAUCUUUCAAUUGUGCUGAAUGUCCUUCAUAUGUACAUCUGUUGUUUCAGAAUCAGCUUUUACUGUUUGUAGAAAAAUAAUAUGCGGCAGGUAAUACGACUGACCACCAGAGGGGGUAGUACCCUCGUUCUAAGCAGUUGUCAUCCAGCAUGUGAAUGAACAGUGUGAAGAAGUCUUAGUGAGCAAGGGCUGUGGGUACCAGGGUUAUAUUUCAGAGAGGACUAUGAGGGUGAAAGAGUGAAGGAUUUAGGAGAAGUUAAAGACAAUAAUAAACAUUGGUUCUGCUUCCUGUACUACUGUUGUUGCCUGGUCCACAGGUCUAAAAGAAGGACUUGUUGUGUUCCUGAGUCUGAUGUUGUGCCAGUUUGGUGUAUCCUAGCGAGUCAGUAUGUCUGCAGUCAAUGUGUAUCGGUAGAUCUUUUCUUCUCCUUUUUUCCUCCCCUCUCUCUUUUUCCUUUCUUAAACCCACUUUUAGCUAUUUCACCUCGGGGCGCUCUCGGGUCCCUUUUUAUUGGGGGUUUUAAACAACAUACGCGGAAUUUCCCCGGAAAAAAAGGGGGGGAAGGGGGGGGUGCGGGGGGGGGGCAAAGGGGCCGGGGGCUAGGAGCCGGAAAAGGGUGUCUUUUUUUUGGCUCCUUUUUGUAUUUUUUUCUUUCCAACUACCUUCCCUCCCCCCCUCCCCUCCUUCUCAAAAACCCUUGACCAACUCCCCUUUCCCGGCCAAAACCCCCCGGGCCCCUUUUUCCCCCCCCCCUUCCCCUUCCCCCCUUUCCCCUGGGAUCCUGGCUGUUGGGAAGGAAAGCAACACCACCCCGCCCCCAAGGAAAAGGGGGCCCCCUGCCCCUUUUUCACCCCUUCCCCCCAAUUUUUCCCGCUCUUUUCUCUCCUUUUUUAAUGUGGACGUUUUUAGCAAUUGCUGGCUGCCUAUGUGGCUCCUCCCCUGGGAUCUCUGUGGCUCUUCCCCUGGGAUCUCUGUGGCUCGGUGGGAAUGGCAUUUUUCAAAGAAUGCCUCAUACUGUGGCUUUAACCCAUUCCUGUGUAUGUGUCCAAUCACACACACACGCUUGCACACACACACACACACACACACACACACACACACACACGUACACGCACGCACACACACACACAUGGUCCACACACACACCAAUGUCCCGUGAAUAAGCACCAGUGUAGCCACUCUUCUGCUGCUCUGUGAAUCAACAGGAAUAAUACAAAUGAACAAGCAGUCUCUCAACAGUGACCACUGAGAUGAAGCCGUGUGUCAUUGGUGGUCACUGGAAUGACACAGAUGGAGUCAGGCUAAUCCACUGUAGACCCCGUAACCAUAGUGUACCACCAGUAAUCUCUCUCUCUUUCUGUCCCUGUCUGUCUCUUUCUCUCUUCUUCUCUCUCUCCCUCCCCCAGGGUGAUGGAACAUUCUGACUCUAACCGGAUGUCGACCCAGAACAUCGGCAUAGUGUUCGGUCCCACCCUGAUGCGUCCGGAGAGGGACAAUGUUAACAUGGCCAUCAACAUGGUCUACCAGAACCAGGCCGUGGAGCUCAUCCUCAAUGAGUUCGACCGCAUCUUCAGACCCAACAACUAUACAUCCCUC